AUGUUCGGCAUUCCGAAGUUCUUUGGCUGGAGAGGCCGGUCUCUCAACUUGGCUAUCAGUUCCCUUGGCAGUCUCGAUUUCUUGCUUUUUGGUUAUGAUCAAGGUGUCACGGGUGGUCUUCUUGACUUGCCCUCCUUCAUCAAAUACUUCCCCGAUAUCAAUCCCUUGGACCCUGCUAUCAAGGAUAACCAGCCUGCCCGAUCGCAGCGCAGUUUGAACCAAGGCAUUGCAGUUGCGUCGUACAAUCUCGGAUGUUUCUUCGGCUCCCUCUUGGUUAUCUUCAUCGGUAACCCACUUGGUCGACGAAGGACUAUCUUCUGUGGCUGUAUAAUCAUGGCUACUGGAGCCCUACUCCAAUGCACUGCUUAUUCUCUACCUCACUUCAUUGUUGGCCGAAUUGUUACAGGUGUUGGCAACGGCAUGAAUACAAGUACAGUACCGACAUGGCAGUCUGAAUCAGCGAAGUCACACGAUCGUGGUAAGAUGGUGAUGAUCGAGGGUAUGCUCAUCACAGGAGGUAUCACUCUUAGUUACUGGAUGAACUACGGCAUGUCGUUCAUCGGUGAUAAAGAGGUUGCCUGGCGGUUUCCUCUGGCCUUCCAGAUUCUCUUCGCUAUUAUUAUUUUCUGCUCUAUUCUCAACCUGCCCGAGUCUCCCAGAUGGCUCGUUAUGCAAGGCCGGAACGACGAGGCUUUGGAGAUUCUCGAGUGUCUAAAUGAGAAAUCUCGGGAUGACCCUUACAUCCAGAAUGAGCUCAUCGCCAUCCAGGAAACUGUCAAGGAAAUGAACAAGGGCUCCUUUAGAAGUCUGUUCAAGAUGAGCGAGUAUCGUGAAUUCCAUCGUGUGGCACUUGCCUACGUCAACCAGAUGUUCCAGCAGAUUUCUGGAAUUAAUCUUAUCACGUAUUACGCACCUCAACUAUACGCUGAGAUUGGUCUUGGAAGCGGCAGCCUACCAAAGUUGCUAGCCGCUUGCAACGGCACGGAAUAUCUCAUGGCUGCAUUUAUCCCUAUUUUCAUCAUUGAGAAAGCCGGACGUCGCCCAUUGAUGCUGAUCGGCGCCGCCGGCAUGUCAAUUUCCAUGGCCAUCCUAGCCGGUACCAACUACCGCUUGACUGCACUUGGAGACAGCCAAGCCGGUAUUGGUCAAGCCGUGUUCCUCUUCGUCUUCAACACCUUCUUCGCUAUCGGUUGGCUCGGAAUGACCUGGCUGUACCCCGCUGAGAUCGUGCCUCUGCGUAUCCGUGCUCCAACCAACGCACUGGCCACUAGUGCUAACUGGAUCUUCAACUUCAUGGUUGUCAUGAUCACCCCUGUUGCAUUCGAGAAUAUCGGAUACCAGACCUAUAUUAUUUUCGCUGUUAUUAACGCAUUCAUGUUCCCAUGUGUAUACUUCUUCUUCCCUGAGACUCGCUACCGUUCCCUGGAAGAGAUGGACGCUAUCUUUAAGAAGUCCACCAACGUCUUCGACUGUGUUACACUCUCCAUCAAGGAGCCAUACCGCUACGACAAGCAUGGUGAACUCAAGCCCGAGUACAUUGAGGAAGCUGUUCGCCGUACGAGCGUCGCCCCAGGCACUGAUGUGCACAUCGCUCCUGGGAAGUUUGAUAGCGAUGAGAGUGGUACUGAGGUCAAGAUUUGA